GAGCAUUCAACACUAAAGUCUCGAAGAUCUCGCCGCCGAUCACGGUGAUGUGCGAUUGUACGAUACACAAUUGGUUAUUUGUGAUGGGAAAGUAAAGCAAAGUGAGCAAAAGUUCAACAAAAAGCAGCUGAAUUGAAAAAUUGUGGAAAAUGCUUUCAAAUUUGAACAUAUGUACAUACAACGAAGCGGUAUGUACCGCUGAGGUAGUGGUAGUUAGUUUCUGUAUUGGCGAUCGUAAACAACGCACGACAUCGUCGCGCAAUCAAUAAUUUAAGCGGAGCAACGGAAGACGACGCUGCCUACCGAAAUAGCUACCCGCACUUGCGCGCCACAGCGGUAACAACACCUCGGAGGACGCGGGUGAACGAUUCAGCUAUUAGUUCGCGUUUAAUUGUGGCCGCACAGCUUGGUCCGUCGGGUAGUACAUACAAACUUAUGCACAUUGAUGUGUUUACUCGAGCAUUCUCGUAAACUAAACGAUCAAAUAAAAAUACUCUGAAUAUUUUUACGUCGAGCUCAGAGCAAAGAAGACGCACUAUAAUUUUCAAAAAUUGAUAUUUUGCUUCAAAUAAGGAAAAAAAACUAAAUGAAACGAGAAUAAAGUUAUUUGGUAUUAUUCCGAAAAAAAGUAAAAGUGUAAACAGUCGCUAGACGUUGUGAAAAUUAAGUCACCCCGUCGUUCGAGCAAUUAAUCAAUAAUUACGUGAUUAUUUAACCAUUUCAGACGCGCAGACAAAAAAAAACAAGGGUUAGCAUUCGUUAUGAAGGCGCGACGCCACACCACAACGCACACUCAAACGUAAUUCGCGUAAAUCAUUCGUGCGUGCUAAGUGAUUUGAGACGAAAAUAAUUGAAAAUUUGCUAAUUUAAGAAAAUCUAGAAAGGAGAUAAUUACAAACGAGUGCAAAUUGUUAAGUGUUCUUCAACACACCGCUCGAAAAGAAACCUACUCUCUCCCUCUUCUUCGCGCCAUUGUCACAAAAGCUUAAAAAGGAAAUAAAGCAAAGACUACAAGCAUCAACUCUAUAAAAACCCUCAUCCAACAAAAAUGGAUUUCAUUUCAAAUUUAAUAAAGCGGCCAAUAAGUUUGGUGCGCAGCGAUUCUCAGCCCUCAACGCCAACAGAUCAAGGACAAAUAUCACAACCAUCAUCGCGUCCUACAACACCACACCACUCACAUUCACCACUACUACCCUUUGAUCGGACCACCACGCCGGAAUCACGACAGCAGCAUAUUGCAAAUGCAUUGAAUGGUUGCCUAGUGGCAUCCGAUAUAAUGGAUACUUUGAAUAAACGUGACGAAUUCCGUCCCAUUGCAGCAGCGGCGGCAAGUCGCGCCUCUCCACCAAUUAGUCGCCAAUCUCCUAUUCAGCCAAUUUCGCGUUCAUUGCAAACCAGCUCGAGCAGUAGUAAUGACAAUGGAUGUGGUGCAAAUUCACUACCAACUACAACGACAACAACCGGCAACACAAUCGAAGAAUUGCUCAUACAAAUCAAUGAUAAUUUAAGCAAGGGUGAUCUACAUGCUACCGCUGCUGAAUUGAGUCAGCAACACUUGCCUAAUCGUCCGCUAUCAGCAUCGCCAUCGGCAUUGACGCAGGCAUUGUCAUCGGAGUUCAAUGCAAUCUGUUCGAAAUCUGCAAAUCUGAAAGGCACAUCUUCAACAGAAUCACAAGAGUCAUUGCCAUCGGAAUCGCUUUCGCCACCUCUUAAAUCAGCUGCUAUGGCACCUGUGGCUGAUAAUGCCCCUGCGGCUAACAUAAUAACCACUGAGAAAGGUCACUGCGAUAUUGAGCCAAAAGUGGUGGUUUUAGGUAUGCCCCCUAAUGUGGCGCUCAAAACGGACAGCAAUGUGGAUAAAAUUAAUAAAUCUAGUGAGGUUCAUACGGAUUUGAGUGAGCCGAAAAUAUCAGAGAUGCCCACAGCACUGAAUUUCAAUGCGGAAGAUCGCGCAAAGUUAACAUUUGAGGAUGGUCUUAUACCCACAUUAACAGCUGCCAUAAAUGAGCACGAGAAUCGUGAAAAUGUUCCAGUAAAAGAUGAGUCCAACAGCAAACCAAAUCAAAACCUGCAAGUACACAUCGAACCUGAUACGGCCACCUCAUCGGAUAAUGAAACUUUCGCAGAAUGUCAAUCAUACCAAGCAUUGGAUGCUAAUAAUGAUUAUGGAUUUAUAGCUGAUGAAUAUAGUUUUGAAAAUUCCGAAAUUGAGUCGUACUUUAGUGCCGCUAAUUCGAGAAAUGUAACUCUUACAAAUGUAGCCGCAGAUCCUUUAAGUUUACCUAUGAAUAAAUUGCCAGAGCAAAGUGAAAGUGACUUGCAGUCAAUGCUAUCUGCAUUGAGCAGUGAUGAAUUGUUAACACAGCAAACUGUCAAUCCAUUAGACGUCACUUUUGGCGACGAGCCUAUGGAUGUGGAUGUGAGUUUUGCCGAAAUAAUUGUUGGAGGCAGUGAAUUGCCUAUUAACAAUGGAAAUAUAUUACCAUCUGACACAACCAGUGUAGAAAAUGUGGUUGAAACCAAGUCUGCUGCUGCAGAACUUGAGUGUCAGCAAGUGAACUCUACAGAGAUGGCAACAAAUAACGCAGAUCCAAUCGAUAUUUUUGAAAAUGAGGCAGGGUAUGAAACAACACCAUCUCAUAUUGUUGUACCACUAAAUAAAAGUUUCGAAAUACCAACUUCAACAACAGAAAUAACAGGAACCCCUUCGCAGGCAAUUGCCGAUAUGACGCAGUCAACUGUAGCUACAACAUCCGUUCAAUCAGCAAAUACCAGUCAGAAUCCUAUUGAUGAGUACGACGUAAAAAAUUGUACUACCGAAAGUAAACUAGAGGUGAAUAAGUCUUUAACGGGUUCGCACAAUGCUUUGAACUUGACAAACGAUAUGAAUUCUUCAACAAGUAGCUGUAAAAGCUCAGCAUCCUCCCCGAGCUUCCCCAUCAAGCACAAGGGAAGCUCAAUCAAACAAUUUCCGCGCUCUCCCACUGCUACUGCAGCGAAGAGUAUGCCGUUUUUGGAGAAAUCCGAAUAUACGGAACGCAUCGAAAUUGAACGGAAGAGAUCAACAGCAAGUGAGCCAAAAUUGGCUUUGUGCGGUUCUCGAAAAACAUCAACGGCUGAUGAAAAAACCAGCGCAGGUCGCAAAGUCAGCAAAUGAUGCCAUAACCCCCAUUAGUGCUAACGUGCAUUCAACUCUGACCCCCAAUGAAAAUAAUUCAUCCACUGUCGGGGAGAUAAAUUUUGAACACAACAGCACA